UCUUUGUUAGAUGGCAGUGUUUAGUAAAAUUAUAAUUAUUCACUUUAAGUCCCUGUGGAAUAAUUAUUUUUACCAGCAAAGUGAUUUAUUCUUCUAUAAUAUUUUCAAAUGAACAGAAACCGUAAUUUAAUACUGCAUACUGUGUUUAAAACUGACAAUAUUAUGUAUUCGUAUAAAUUGAAUUCGAUUAAUACUCGAUUAUAUUUAGUAGUAAAACAUUUUUCACAUGGCAAGUUUAACGUCGCCAUAUUGAAAAUUUUAGUGAAUCGGUAAAAUAUCGUCGGCAAUGGAGUCUAAUUUUCGCGUAUCAAAUUUUGCUAUUUUUGUUGGAGAUUUACCAAAAUUAUGCAAUUUGUUCAUCGUUUCUCAGUUCGGCUACGAUCACUGCAGAAAAGCUUCGGUCGUUUGACAGAAUUCGCCUGAGUGAAUUGUUUGUAAAGUCUCCGUCGAUCCUGGAGACAUCUUGUGAUCGAACACCAUUAUUGCGCCCGGUUACUUGGCCGUCUGUAUUUGUCUUCACGUGAAACGGUAACAAAAUUAGAUUGGUGCUAUUUAGAGUCCUCAAUCAUGGAAGUGUCUUGGGACGCAGAUAAUUUUGAGCCAAAACUUCCGACCACGUUGACUUCUUCAAAUAAAUGGGAAGGCGAAGACGAGGAAGAGACAGUCAAGGAUAGCUGGGAAGAUGAAGAAGAAGAAAAAAAGGAUGAAGAGAAAAAAGAACAAGUGGUAGUUGCUCCAGCAAAGCCUAAGAAGAAAAUUCAAGACAAAAUAGCUGAAAAAGAGAGGCUUGAGCGUGAGAAGGCUGAACGUCUCGCCAGUGAAAAGCCCGAGGAGUUGACUCCUGAACAAAAGCUUGCUGAAAAACUCCGAGCGCAGAAACUGCAGGAAGAAUCUGAUCUGCGGCUUGCUAUGGAAACAUUUGGUGUAUCAGAUGGUGGUGGUAAGCUGGACAGUUUCCAUCCCACAACCAAGGCAGAAUUUACAGAGUUCGCAGAGUUGCUCACAAAGAAGAUCACUCUGUACAAAACCAAGGAGGAAUUCCCUGGCUUUGCUGAUGAACUCAUUAGGAAUAUUAUUGUUCAAAUGCAUUCUGGUGACAUAAAAAGGAUAAAGAUGUCCGUAGACAACAUAUACAUCGAAAAGCAGAAAGCAGAGAAGAAUGAUAAGGCCAAGAAACCCACAAAAGGCAAGGGCAAAGCCAAGUUAAAAGUAGAAGGUGACAAUGCUCACCUCAAUCAGUACGACACUUACGGCAACUUUGACGACGAUUUCGAUGACUUCAUGUAGAAGCACCUGUAAAUAAAUAUACCGGUGGCUGGCGUCCUUUCGUUCCGAAUAUUAACGCCCUUUUUAUAUAAAUCAAAAAUUUUAUAUGAUAUUAAACACUUGCUAAAAUAAACACUGAAUUUUAACCUCUAUUCUCUAUUUGAAUAGAGCUCUGAAUCUGCAUGGUCGAAAUGUUGAUGUGAUAAAGAUUUGAUAGUUUCUGAGAUUUGUAUUUAUCAUUGUUAUAAGUCAUGCAGGAUGUGAAAUAUAUAGAAAUGAAAAAAGGUAUAACAGGGAUCUUAUUGCUUUAUAAGUGGUAGAAACUAAAAAUGAAAUAUUGGAUACGGUUAUG